GGUCUAAUCGGUCCCUGUUUCCUGCGAUCUCUCUGGCUGGUUUUCUCCCCCGCCUUGGACUUCAAUCACCUUGCCGAUUUCGAGGAUCUUUUAGUCGAACGUCGCCGGCUCCUCCAAUCCCGCUAGUUUAGUGUCUUGCGCACUUGGGGCCUUACGGCCCUUCGAUCCACGAACGGCCUGAUACCUCACCACCGACCGUCGUUCUUCAUGUGCCGGUGGGUUAGUUGCUCUGCCCGGUGAGGAUGUCGACUUCCUCCAUCCCUCAAUUCACCAGCCCAUUUUCUCCUUUCUCCUCCGCAUCGCAAUCGGCCGGUAUGGCGCCGUCUCAGACCGUCGGGCUGGAUACGCUCGCAGAGGGCUCGCAGUUUGUCCUGGAACAAUUGCAGAUGUCUCGAGAUCUUGCAGGGACGGGCGCAGGGGACGGGGCGAGCUCCAGUUCCUUGAGAGACUCCAUCUCUCAUGCCAAGGACAAAUCAUUCUAUGACAACGAGAAGCACCAUAGUAUUGGGUCAGGCUUUCAGAACCCUCAGAGGGAUCCCCUCGUCGAGGCUCGUUCUGCGAUCCGCAAAAACUCAUCGUCAGCUCCGGUCCGACGAAGAAUCAGCCGUGCGUGUGACCAGUGUAACCAACUCCGAACCAAAUGCGACGGGCAGCACCCGUGCGCCCAUUGCACUGAAUUCGGAUUAACCUGCGAAUAUGCGCGAGAACGCAAGAAGCGUGGAAAGGCGUCGAAGAAAGACCUGGCAGUGGCAGCGGCAGCGGCAGCAGCUACGCAAGGAUCGAAUAGCCAUUCCGGACCGAUGAGCGCGUCGCUAAUGAGCGAGCAAAUGUCUCCCGACGGCCGACUGGCACAAGAUGUCAAUGGCAGAUAUGACUCGGCCUUUGAGACUGCGCACAACCUUACCUCGGCGCAGUCGCAAAUGCAGCACCCAAACACAACAGGUCUAUCAAGCCUGCACGACUCCCGUUCCGCACCGUCGCACUCCCAGUCAUCGUUAGGGGCUACCAUCGAUGCGAUCCCUUUGAGUCAUUUCAAUACGCUGAACGAUUCGAGUCGCCCUCCAAUAUCCAUCUCCGAUCUCCGAUCGCUGCCCUCUUCUGUCCUGCCUCCGCAAGGAUUAAACUCUGGAUAUGGUGAGAGCGCAUUCGGGUUGGUACACCCGCAGGAGCCGGGCUCUUCUCCGGCCAACCAUUUCCGAUUGGGAAGCUCUGCAGAAAACCCAUCGGCGCCGUUCUUAGGACUUUCGCCUCCUGCGCAAUCGCCCGGCUGGCUGCCUCUUCCAUCGCCAUCUCCAGCCAACUUUCCCUCAUUCAGCCUGCAUCCAUUCUCGAGCACUUUACGAUACCCUGUUUUGCAGCCGGUUCUGCCUCAUAUUGCAUCCAUCAUUCCGCAGUCGCUCGCGUGCGACCUGCUUGAUGUCUAUUUCACCAGCUCCUCUUCGUCCCACUUGUCUCCCCUGUCCCCGUAUGUGGUGGGCUACAUUUUCCGCAAACAAUCCUUCCUUCAUCCUACCAAACCCCGUAUGUGCAGCCCCGGCCUCCUGGCGAGUAUGCUCUGGGUAGCUGCACAAACCAGUGAAGCCGCAUUCCUAACCUCUCCGCCGUCGGCUCGGGGCCGCGUCUGCCAGAAACUCUUGGAAUUGACCAUUGGCUUGCUCCGACCGUUGGUCCAUGGUCCCGCUACGGGGGAAGCGUCCCCCAACUAUGCUGCGAACAUGGUGAUCAACGGGGUCGCUUUGGGGGGCUUUGGGGUCUCGAUGGACCAGCUGGGUGCGCAAAGCAGCGCAACUGGUGCUGUGGAUGAUGUGGCGACUUAUGUGCACCUAGCUACCGUCGUGUCCGCGAGCGAGUACAAGGCGGCCAGCAUGCGCUGGUGGACUGCAGCGUGGUCCCUGGCGCGUGAGUUGAAGCUGGGUCGCGAGCUGCCGCCUAACGUUCCACACGCACGGCCAGACGGCGAGCGAGAGGGUGAAGAAAGCGACAUGUCGAAACGGCACCCUUCCACGCUCAUUGCGUCCAUGGGACAUAGUCCUGGAAGCUCCUCCGUCAAUGUCACCGAAGAGGAGCGGGAAGAGCGCCGACGUCUGUGGUGGCUCCUCUACGCGACGGACCGCCAUCUGGCCCUCUGCUACAAUCGCCCUGUUACCCUGUUAGAUAAAGAGUGCGGGAGAUUGUUGCAGCCGAUGAAUGACGAUCUGUGGCAGAUUGGUGACUUUGCCUCGGCUGCCUACCGCCAGGUUGGACCCCCAGUCGAGUGCACGGGGCACAGCAUGUUUGGAUACUUCCUUCCUUUGAUGACGAUCCUGGGGGGGAUUGUCGAUCUGCACCAUGCGGAAAACCACCCGCGCUUUGGGCUUGCCUUUCGCAAUAGCCCGGAAUGGGAGCGCCAUGUGAUCGACAUUUCCCGACAGCUGGACACGUACGGCCGCAGCCUGAAGGAGUUUGAAGCCCGCUACACCAGCAGUUUGACCAUGGGCGCAGCGGACAACGAGCCGUUGGUCGAAGGCUCCCACUUGGACCAUACAAGUCCUUCUGGACGCUCCAGUAGCACCGUCGGAUCCCGGGUGAACGAGUCCAUUGUCCACACGAAGAUGGUGGUGGCCUAUGGUACACACAUUAUGCAUGUCCUGCACAUUCUUUUGUCGGGUAAGUGGGAUCCGGUCAAUCUCUUGGAGGACCAUGAUCUGUGGAUCUCUUCGGAAUCGUUUGUCUCGGCGAUGAGUCAUGCGGUCGGUGCUGCGGAAGCGGCCGCCGAGAUCUUGGAGUACGAUCCCGACCUCAGCUUCAUGCCGUUCUUCUUCGGGAUCUAUCUGUUGCAGGGUAGCUUCUUGCUGCUACUAGCGGCGGACAAGCUGCAGGGCGAUGCCAGCCCUAGUGUCGUCCGGGCUUGCGAGACGAUUGUGCGUGCACACGAGGCCUGCGUUGUGACGCUGAACACCGAGUAUCAGAGGACCUUUCGCAAGGUUAUGCGCUCGGCGCUCGCGCAGGUUCGAGGACGGAUCCUUGAGGACUUUGGCGAACAGCAGCAACGCCGGAAGGAGGUGCUUGCGCUGUACCGCUGGAGCGGUGAUGGCAGUGGGCUCGCAUUGUGACCGCUGUGAUCAUCUACGCCUACUCUGCGAUGACUGAAUCUAAUGACGGUGUAUAGGUCAAGGACUUUUGGUUAUUAUUUCAUUCUAUAUCCUAUAUCUCU